AUGUCCCCCAUACGCUGCUGGCAACUGAGAAAUUCGACCCCCACAACCCUCUCUCCCUGCCCUCUCUCCCCUCUCCAGACGUCCAUUCCCUGGCCGCGCAGCAGGGACGAGGUGUGGCGGGCCAAUGUCCCCCACACGCUGCUGGCGACGGAGAAGUCGGAUCAGCACUGGAUGGUGGUGGACGGUGAAAUGAUCCUGUCGUCGCCCCCUUCCCCUUGUAUCCUCCCCUCUCGUCUUCCCUGCUCUCAUGCUCUCUUCUUGUCAGACGUCCAUCCCCUGGCCGAGGAGCAGAGACGAGGUGUGGUGGGCGAAUGUACCUCACACGCUGCUGGCGACGGAGAAGUCGGAUCAGCACUGGAUGGUGGUGGACGGCGAUAUCAUCCGAUGCCCUCCCACUCUCCUCCCCUUUUCCCUCUGCAGACGUCCAUCCCCUGGCCGAGGAGUCGAGAUGAGGUGUGGCGCGCCAAUGUCCCCCACACCCUUUUAGCAACGGAGAAGUCGGAUCAGCACUGGAUGGUGGUGGACGGCGAUAUCAUCCGAUUCCCGGGCGGCGGCACGCACUUCCCCGGGGGCGCGGACAAAUACAUUGAGCGCAUUGGGAAGAUGAUGGGAGACGAGAACGGCAACUUCUCAGUGGAUGGCAAGAUUCGUACAGUACUGGACAUCGGGUGCGGGGUGGCGUCGUUUGGCGCGUACCUUCUGGACCACUCAGUGCUCACCAUGUCCGUAGCCCCCAACGAUGUGCACGAGAAUCAGAUCCAGUUCGCGCUGGAGAGGGGUCUGCCGGCGUUCCUAGGGGUGAUGGGGACCCAGCGGCUGCCCUUCCCCUCCUUGGCGUUCGAUCUGGCCCACUGCUCCCGCUGCCGCAUCGACUGGCUGCAGAGAGACGGGCUGCUGCUGCUGGAGUUGGAUCGGGUGAUCCGACCAGGUGGCUACUGGGUGUGGUCGGCCCCGCCUGUGUAUCGUGAAGACGAGGAGAACCAGAAGCUUUGGGCUGACAUGCUGGCAUUCAUGGAGCGCAUGUGUUGGAAGGUGAAGGCGCAGAGCGGACAGACAGCCAUCUUCAAGAAGCCAAAGACCAACCUGUGCAUCAAGAAGCGGCCGGCAGACACGGAGCCGCCCCUGUGCGAUGCGGCCCGGGUGUCCCCCAAUUCCGCCUGGUACACGCCCAUGGAUGCAUGCGUCAACACGGUACCCAAGGGCAAGAAGAACAAGCUGAUCCAGCCGUGGCCGGAGCGACUGGUGUCCCCCUCCCCGCGCAUCGACCUGCUUGGUCUGGCCAAGAGCGACUUUGAGGCCGACACGGAAGCCUGGGAGAAGAUCGUAGCAGAUUAUGACUCACUUCUGGGCGGUCAGGCCCUGCUGCGCUCUCUGGACAGAGCAGCAUCCAAGUCCAAGGGCUCCAAACCUCCCUACCCCAUGCGCAACGUGAUUGACAUCAACGCGCACAUGGGCGGGUUUGCAGCGGCGCUGGCUGCACAGGGGCAGGCGGUGUGGGUGAUGAACACGGUGCCGCCGCAGGGGGAGAAGAGCAGUGCUGGGCUGGCCAUGGUGUAUGACCGUGGGCUCAUCGGUGUUUACCAUGACUGGUGCGAGCCCUUCUCAACAUAUCCCCGGACCUACGACCUCGUCCAUGCAUGGAGGGCGGUGUCUCAAGUGCUCAAGCGCAAAUGCUCCUUGGAGGCCUUGCUACUCGAGCUCGACCGCAUCCUUCGUCCCAAGGGUGUUCUGCUCUUUCGGGAUAAUGCCGAUGUUAUUGCACGCCUGGAGAAGCGGUUGAAGGCGGUGAAGUGGAUUGUACUGAAGGGGCCUGUAUCGAGGACGUUUAUUGAUGGGGAGGAGGAGCAGGUGCUCGUUGUGCAGAAGCGGUUUUGGAGGCUGAAGGAGAAGGCUGCUUUGAAGGAAAGUGCGGAGGCAGCUGCAUCGACGGAUGGGGACGCCGAGGAGCGCAGAAGGUUGUCACAUAGUUCGAAGAUACGACUGGGCUCGUGGGCUCGGCGCACGGGAUUGGUCAGCGGCUUCAUGUCCCCGCGCCGGGAUAGCGUCGUUGACGUCACCGAUGGCACCAAUACAGUCACACCCGCUCCAGGCGAACCCGCUUCGCCGUCCCGCGCUAGCAGCGCAGACGGCAGUAGUUUCCAAGCGAGCGGGUUUCACGGGCAGGGGGAAGGGCACGCAGCGCACGAGGGAUACGACGGGUACGAUAGUCACGGGGGGCACGGGGGGAACGGGGGACAAGUCUCCGCUCCGCAGCUUCCGCCACCGCCCGGACGAUCCGCGUUCAAGAAAGCGCCUUCUAUUCGCUACCCCGUCGCGCAGCGGGGCGAAGCGAGUAGUGACAGUAUCGGGGCCGGGAGCAUGUCGCCUAAAACUCCCCAGGCGGUCGCCUCUGCGACUAUACCGGAAGCUGAGAACGAGGGGGUUUCGUCUAUUGAGGAGAGCGACGCGGGAAUGGGAAGCGCGCGACGGUCGGAAGAGGUGUCGAGCCGACACGGGGGGAAGGCUGGCGGAGCGGCAGCGGCGGGGUAUGUUGGCGGGGCGUUCGUAGGCUCGGCGAUCGGCGGAAGGGUUGGCGGAAACCAGGUGGCGCCGUAUCCUGAAGGGGAGGAGGGGGAAGCGGAGGGGGAGUAUGAGGGGGAGUAUCGGAUGGCGGAAGGGGAGUAUGGAUACGCGGAGGGGGAGGAUAUGGGGGGAGAUGACGAUAUGUAUAAAGAAGAUGUGAUUGUAGACGAUAUGCCUUUAGAGGAGGGGAUGGAGGAACGGACGGGCGUGAUGAAUUAUGAGAUGAGGGAGAGACCCGAGGCCGGGUGGAUGGUGGCGUACGCGUUACAGCACAUGAUUGCGCUUAUAGCGAACGUGAUUGUGUUCCCGAUGAUACUUGUUCCCGCUAUGGGAGGCUCCGACCUCGACAAGGCGGCGGUGAUUCAGUCGGUGAUGAUGGUGACGGGCAUAGCGACCACGCUCCACGUGCUGCUGGGCACGCGCCUGCCCCUCGUGCAGGGGUCGUCUCUCGUGUAUUUGGCACCAGCUAUCAUCGUCGCCAACUCGCCUCACAACCUCACCGCCGAGCCCUCACAGCGGUUCUCGCUAACAAUGCGGGAGACGAUGGGGGCAGUGAUCGUGGCGUCGCUGCUGCAAGUCGUUGCUGGUUACUCGGGCUUCAUGUCGCUCCUCAUAGAGCUGAUCAACCCAGUGGUGGUGGCCCCAACUAUCAUGGCAGUGGGUCUCUCCUUCCUCUCCUAUGGCUUUCCUGUCAUCGGCCGCUGCGUUGCUAUCGGCUUGCCUGAGCUCAUCCUUAUCGUCAUCUUCGCCCUGUACCUGCGGCGAGUGUCGUUCUGGGGCUCAAGGUUCUUCCAGAUCCACGCGAUCUCCUUGGGUCUGGCCAUAACGUGGCUGUACGCGCUAGUGCUCACCCUAGCAGGCGUCUACAGCUACCCCGACUGCGCGCCUUCGGCCAUCUACCCCUCCUCCUCCCCGUGCUUCGAGAAGCAAGCCCUCAUGGCCUCCUGUCGAACCGACGCCUCCAGUGUUCUGUCGGACGCCAAGUGGGUGGCGCCCCCGUACCCGUUUCAGUACGGCAUGCCCAUCUUCCGAUGGGAGUCCAUAUGCGUCAUGCUGCUGCCGGCGCUCAUCUCUACUAUUGAUUCGGUCAGCAACUACCACGCAACUUCCCUGCUUGUGGCCGUCCGUCCCCCCACAGGCGGGGUGGUGGGGCGGGGGAUAGGCAUGGAGGGCAUAGCGAGCGUGCUGGCAGGGAUGUGGGGCACGGGGGGAGGCGCCACCACGCUCACUGAGAACAUUCACCUCGUUGCGGUUACCAGAAUGGGGUCGCGCGUUACCAUCAUCGUCGGAGCGGCGUUCCUCGUCUUCUUCUCGCUGUUUGGCAAGGUGGGUGCUCUAUUCGCCUCCAUGCCGCCGGUCAUGAUCGGCGGGCUCCUCACCAUAAUGGCAGCCAUGACAGCGUCGCUCGGCCUCUCCUCGCUGCGCUACGCCGAGAUGGGCUCCUCGCGCAACCUCCUCAUCACGGGAUUGGCGCUCUUCUUGUCUCUGUCCGUUCCGGAUUACUUCAAGACAUAUACUGCAUCUAACGGCCACGGGCCCAUCAACACCUCAAGCUCCGGGCUCAACUUUGUGCUCAACUCACUCCUCGCUCUCCCCAUGGCCAUAGCCUUCAUGACUGCUUUCCUCCUAGACAACACUGUUCCCGGCACGGCCACCGAACGAGGCCUCUACGUCUGGUCCGGACGUAAGGCGGCUCGGGCCGACCCUCUCAUGCAUGAGGACUACGACUUGCCGUUCGGCUUGAGCAGAUUCUUUUCCUGGGUCUUCUGGCUGGGCGUGUAG